AAUCGGAAUACAAUGUAGGUCGUUGCUAAGUCUCGACUUUAUUAAGGGAUGAGUUUGCAGUCGUGCGAUUGAAGAAUAUAAAUACUCUGUGUAUUAGAAACGCUGCAGCGUAAAGUGUUAUAUUUCACACAAAUAAUGCGCAGGGUAACGCUUUUCGUCAAUGGGUCCGCCAAAAACGGCAAGGUUGUAGCAGUGUACGGGACUCUGUCUGAUCUCUUAUCCGUUGCCAGCAAUAAACUGGGAAUCAGGGCCGCUAAUUUGUACAACGGAAAGGGCGGCCUCAUUGAUGAUAUCGCCCUAAUUAGAGAUGAUGAUGUUUUAUACGUGUCAGAGGGAGAUGCCUUUGUAGAUCCUCAAAGUGAAAGGAGAGAUGCUGAUGAGCGCUCAGGCUCCCACAGCGAUUGGCUGACUCUGAAUAUCGGCGGGCGGCUCUUCACAACCACAAGGAGUACGCUUGUGAGUAAGGAGCCUGACAGCAUGCUGGCCCACAUGUUUAGAGGGAAGGAUGUUUGGGGUAACAAGCGAGACGAUCGGGGCGCUUACCUUAUCGACCGCAGUCCUGAGUACUUUGAGCCCAUCCUGAACUACUUGCGACACGGCCAGCUUAUUGUCAAUGAAGGAAUUAACUUACUAGGUGUACUAGAAGAAGCUCGUUUUUUUGGAAUCGAGCAGCUCGCUGAGCAGAUUGAAGUUGCCAUUAAGAACUCUCAUCCCCCUGAGGACCACUCGCCUAUCUCUCGGAAAGAGUUUGUACGGUUUCUGCUCGCAACACCGACCAAGUCUGAGCUGCGCUGUCAGGGACUGAAUUUCAGCGGGGCGGACCUGUCUCGGCUAGACCUGCGGUACAUCAAUUUUAAGAUGGCCAACUUGAGCCGCUGCAACCUCACCUGUGCCAACCUGUGUUGCUCGAACCUGGAGAGGGCUGACCUUUCUGGGGCAAACCUGGAAGGUGCAAACCUGCAGGGUGUUAAGAUGCUGUGCUCUAAUGCAGAGGGAGCCUCACUGAGAGGCUGUAACUUUGAAGACCCAUCAGGACUCAAAGCCAACCUGGAGGGUGCGAAUCUGAAGGGGGUGGACAUGGAGGGCAGUCAGAUGACUGGGAUAAACCUGCGCGUGGCUACGCUAAAGAACGCCAAGCUAAAGAAUUGUAACCUGCGAGGAGCAACUCUAGCAGGCACCGAUCUAGAGAACUGUGAUUUAUCUGGCUGCGACCUCCAAGAAGCCAACCUACGCGGCUCAAACGUGAAGGGCGCAAUCUUCGAGGAGAUGCUGACCCCGCUGCACAUGUCCCAAAGCGUGAGAUAACCGAUUACGCUGUUCCCGCCCGAGCAGGCCAUCGCAGCCGCUCCCUUACGAAUGUUAAACACUCCCGUUGGACCCGUUUGCAAUAUCGGCAUUCCAUGUCCUCACCCCACAGCUUUACUCUCUUGCACUAGUGCACAUGCAGGGUGUUUACUUAGCACAGGUCUCUUGUAGGAUUAUCAGUUCACACGUGUAAUUGUCCAUCUCAAUAAUUUGUUAUACCAAACCUGGUUUAUGUGUGUGUUAAUUUAUGUUUAUGGUGGAUUUAAUCCACGCUAUGUGUCGGCUUCUUGUAUCAGUCUUGAAAAUCCUGUUGCAUCUGGAGGCCUAAAUUCUAUCUGGGGAUUCAGAUCCCAAGUGUGUGAAGUUUAGUGAAUGUAUACGUUUCUUAUCAUGAGAUGUUUAGGUCACAAAUUGUGAGUGCAACCAAAUAUGUAUUAUAUUUGAAUGAGUGAGUGUAUGAGUGUGUCAAAGUGUUGGGGUGUAAACAAGAGCCACUUAAGAGUACAGGUUGAGGGGUGAAAUCUGGUUUAUUUCACUUUUUUUUCCAGUCUCAGACAUUCACACAAAUAUGAAAAGGUUUCUGCUUUGGUAAUUACUGGAGUUCAACUCUGAAAUCUGAAGGAGGAGCCAUUUUAAAUGCCUUCUGCUUUGGCAUCUCCACACCUUAUCAUAUCGUAUAUAUGUAUAUGCAUGCUAAAAAAAAAAAAGACAAACGUAUUGCUACCUGUGUAUCAUAUAUAUAAAAUAGGUAAUAAGCUUCUCAAACUAUUUUAAGGUUGGGUAAAAAAGAAUACAUAUGCAAUGUUUAUGUAGGUUAAUUAGCUCCCUGUGUGCGCUGUCCAAGAAAAAAAAAAGUUUACAGAUUUUUGUUUUAAGAUCUACCUCCCAUGCAAAACUGACUUCUGUUCUUGUCAGUCCUAUGAUUUAUUUCAAAUCCUCACGAGAAGGCUUGAACGGAUUGAAAGGGGAUGGUGAAUGAAUGAUGGAUUACCAAAAUGAUGUGCCUAAAAAAAAGUUAACAAAUGUCUAGUGAUGCAACUAGUAGCAAGGUCAGACUGGUUGGACUUCAUUCAUUGUAUUAUUGUGUGAUCUCACUUUAUUUUUUGGGGAAGGGGAGUUGUUCCACACCAAAAAAAAAAAAAAAACGUGGAAAGGGUGCUUUACUUCAACCAGUGCUUCCCUAUGCAUUAGUGUUUGUGUGUGUGUAUAUACAGUACAGUUUAUACACAAACUGUUGUUCCCUGCUUAGCACUUUUGUGUAUCGCCUGUUUGUUGUACAGUAUAACACACUCCCCCUCCCCCCCCCAUCCCCCCCCCCCCCAGUUUGUGUCGCCUGUAUGAUUCAUAUCAGCCCACAUUACUGUGUGCUCAUGUAAGCUUAAAGCUGAUGAUAUACAAUAUAUGCUGUUAUUUUAUCUUGGACGUAAUCAUAGGUACUCAUUAAAUGAAGGCAAUCAGAAGCAAACUUUUGCACUUUGGAGUGCAAUUUUUUGAUUUUCAGACCCUCUUAGAAAGGGCACAGGCUAUUUAUUUGUGUAUGUAUGUAAGCAAGCAGGCAAUGUUUAUGUAAGGUGUAAGAGGAGAUUUCUCUUCCCGACUCACUGUUGCAGAAGUGUAUUUCCAUAAACAGACUGUUAUAAACAAA